AGAAGAAAGGGAUCUACUUGAGGCUAAAGAAGAGAAGAAGGAGGGCAAAAGUGCAAAAAUGCAGAUCUGGGAGGGGAUCAAAAUCCCUAGCCGCAUCUCCAUUGCAAUCGGGCCUGGCAUCUCAUCUCUCUCCCUCUCCCCUUCUUCUCCACCACCGGCUGCCGCCACGGCCAGGCCGGCGUGGUGGUGCGCCUCCGCAGCCCAUCCAUCCACCAGCACCACCAUCACACGACCACUCCACCACCAGUGCCAUCCAUCACCAGCACAGCCAGCACCCAGUACCACCAUCACCUCCAUCCACCAGCGCCACACCACCCAUCCACCUCUCCCUGCUGCUACCCCUUGCUACUCACGCCCUGGACCAGCCAUUGGGGUCGCCGGCGUCUGAUCUCCCGCGCGCCUCCAACUGCUGCUGCUUUCCCCCUCGUCUCUACUGCUGCUACUCCACUUCCUCUGCUCCCCUUCUUCUUCUUUAAAUCUCGCUGCUGCUGCUCUUCUUCUCUCUUCACCUGCUGCUGCUCAUCCCUCACGCCCCUUCUCUAGCUGGCUGUUGCUGCUCUUCACCUUCCCUUGCCCCAACCUGCUGCUACUUCUUCUCUCAACCUCCUGCUGCUGCUUCUCCUCACGUCCCUGCUGCCGCUCCAUUCCCAAUCUUGCUGCUCUCUCUCUCUCUCUCUCUCUCUCUCUCUCUCUCUCUCUCAAAUUUCGGUGACCUUCAGUAGUGUAAUAAUCAGUACUAUGUAAUGUUUAGAUUUGAUAAGUGUAAUAUCCUACUGUUUGGUUCAGUUUCAAAGUUUAAUAUAAAUGCUUGAUUAGUAUGUCCUUUGUCCUGACUAGUUGAUACCUUGUCACUUUGAGAAAUAUUUGACCUGUCAUACUUUGUUUAGUGAAACAGUAUUCUUCAUAUGUGUGUGGUGUCCUGUGAUAUAUAUAUACAUAUGUGUGUGUUUGUAAUGUGAGUUAUAUCAAUUCUGUCCUAUAUCCAUGAUUCUUCUCUCUGUACAUGUUAGAUAAACCUAUGAGUUCUAGUCUUGUUGAUUCUCUUGUGUGAUGAUGUUCGCCUGUGUUAGUGUUCUAAUUUCUCAAGCAUAUAGAAAAUACCAAAAAGAUUAUUGAGUCAAAUCUGAAUCUACCCUUGCUGUUUGCAUUUUCUUUGUCGACGAUCUUUGGGAACGACCUUGUUAGUGUAGGUUUAUUUUCUUGCAUUCAUAAUCUGAAUUGUGUUACCUAGCUUUAGCCAAGCACGAUCAUCGAUUUGCCUAGUCCCUGAGGAGAACACGACACUCGUAGUUUGGGGCGUAAAAACCCCUCUAUACUUACAAUUGAUCAUUUUGGCGCCGUUGCUGGGGACUAGCGUCGUGUGACUGUGUUAGGAUAUAGACUAGGUUUUUCUUGUUUUCUUUUUGUGACAUCUAUAUGUGAUAUAUCUCUAACCACUAAUCCUUGUUCUAGAUCAUUUUCUUUCUGUUUUCUUUUCUUUUGGCAGGUUAGAACUAUCUUCUCGGUUAUGGCUUACUAUUCAGAUCAUCAGGCUUAUGCGAGCAACACUACAAAUAGCACGGAAAGUGUUCAAGAACUGAUAGGGAUCUAGGUAUGAAGAGGAGAGCCACAACUAUGCUCCACAACAGUCUUAUUCAACUCCUAUUCAUAUACUUCAGCACCAGGAGAUGUUUCCAAUGGAGUUAAAUGGUCCUACAUUUGGUCAACCAACACCUUCAACACAAGUGCCUACUCAAGAUGAGUUCGAUGACAUAGACAAGCUCGCACUUUUGAGUCUCGAGUUCACUUGGAGUGCCAAGGAUGAUCCUAUUAGGAAGGUUAUACUAGAUGAAAUGAAGAAGAUCAAGAGUGGAAAAGAGCUAGUGGAAGAAGUAAGGAAGAUUGAGAAGAACAUCAACGCUGGCAGCACUAUUUCUUCACAGCUAGAGCUGAGUGUUGCUGAGAUUCCCCUUGAUACAUGUGAGGUUCCAACACCGUCACAUCCAGUUGAGCAAGAUAGCAAGAGUCCAGAGGAAGAAAGACCUCAGAUUGAAGAAGAUGAACUAGAAGACAAGGAACAAGAUGAUCAAGAGCUGCAAUUCCCAAGUGAUCAAGUUGAAGACUCAUCAUCUACUACUCCUGAAGAAGUACAAGAAGCUGCUGUAGAUGAAGAUGAAGAACCUGAGAUUCAUUUGCCUAUUGUCAUACCAGAGCGUGAUGUGUCAGGUUUAUCUAAUCCUCUUAAUGACAUGUCUUCAUAUGAUUUGUUUGCUUCUACCUUGCAUUGCAUGAUGCCAUCUGUUAAAGUAGAUUUGAAAAAGUAUUUGCUUGGAUAUGAUCAUAUAUACCCUGUUAGUGGCAUUACUCACAUUAAUGAUGAUCACAGUUACUUUCCUCGUGCUAGACCUAUGCUUAAUGAAACAUAUCAUUCUUAUGCUAAUCUUGAGCUUAAUGAAAAAUAUCAUCCUCAUGUUAGUGUUGACUUUGCUGAUUUCUACCAUCCUAAACAUGUGCUUUAUAGCUAUGCUUAUGUAAUUGGAUAUUCGAUUGAUGACUUGGAGGGUAUUAUCCCUACCACUUGUAUUGUCUCUUUCGUUGAGUGCUCUUUCAGGUUCUUGCUUGUGCACGAAUCACUACAUGCUGACCAAGUUCGAGAUGCCAUUCCCUGGGACCCCGGUGGACCCAUGGCAUGGGGAUGAGGAGAAGCAAGGAGCACACAUGAAGAGAGAAGCUGGAGCAGGCAUGAGGAUAGGGAAGCAAAAGGAGAGGAGUCACAAUGCACGAGGAAGCAAAGGAGAAGAGUUGCAGUUUAGAGAGUGUCGAGCGUGUGCUACUUCCUAUAAAAACCCGGUGAGUUGUUUCAUGACCCAUUCCGAGUAUAUCAUCCAUUGAUACAUGCUGAAAUCAAAUGUUAUUUGGGUUACUUAAGCCAUGCCUUAAAUGUUGCCCCACUGAAUUUUAUUUGACAUAUGGUGCUUGAUGUGAAUAUGUGAAGUGAGUGUUGAAUGCCUUGUAACCUAGUAAUCUACACAAUGCUUGCUUUGCUGAAAUUAGUGAAAGCUAUUAGUUUUGAGUGCUCAAAUCCCUAGUACACUAGAAAACUUAAUCAUUUUCUACUUUUACCUCGAUACACCUAGAUCAUUAAGUGUCAGAUGCUGAUUUUGUGCCUAAUGUGUUCCCAUUGAGAGCAAUCACCUAACCACUAUGGAUUAGCAUGUUAUGUUCCCUGGAUCGGUAGCAUGUGAACCAGACAUGGAGAAGUGAUGAUUCCUAUUUUUGUGCUUAUGCGUUGUUCAUUUAAGAUAAGUAAUAAUGAAUAAAUUAGUCUGACUACCUAUAGUAGCAUGUCAUGUUCUCGGGAUCGGUGGCAUGUGAAAUUGGGUUAGCUUGGGCAGUAAUUAUUAAUAAAAAAAUGUAAUUGUCGAACCAGGUGUAUACCAUGUUCUCGGGAUCGGUGGUAUGUUCCUUUGGGGAGACAAACAACAAAAAAACUAAUAAUUGGUCGAUCCAGGUGUAUACCAUGUUCUCGGGAUCGGUGGUAUGUUCCUUUGGUGAGAUCGAUAAAAUAUUAUCAUUGCUUUACUUCUAUAAAUAAGUGAACUGAUCACAAGUUUAUGUUCUUUUUUGUGCUCUGGAUCAUGCUCUCUUUAGGAACCUUUGGCACAAUCAUCAUUUGAACUUGUUGAUCCACUUUUAUCAUUGUAAAAGUUUAAAAUGAUUGAGUCUACUAGUAUCCUAUUGCUUUGUAGCACUCUUAACCAUUAAUUUUCACUAGCUAAGUCUGAAGAUGCCUUGUUUGGAGAUCUAUUUUACCAAGGCAUUCUUUACUCAGUUCACUAUUCAUAUUCUUGCUCUUGUCAUCUACCUUUGCUUGAGGACAAGCAAAGAUUUAAGUGUGGGGGAACUUGAUCAACACAUUUCAUAUACAUCUUUUGGCAACCAAAUAUGCGGUGUAUUGAGUUAUAUUCAUUCAUUUCUUGCUAUGAAUUGUUGAAUAUGUGAAUAAAAAUCAUAUAAAGGAUCCUUUACUUGUCAUUUGUUUAUUUUGCAGAAAAGUGCGAUAAGGCACUAUAAUCUUGAAGAUCUUGUCUACAAAGAAAGAGGAUACAAGACCGAGGGCCAAUAGAAGAGAAGGGGGGACUCGAGUAUGAAGAAUUAAAGAAAUGGAGGGCCAAAACUAAAGAAGAAAGGGAUCUACUUGAGGCUAAAGAAGAGAAGAAGGAGGGCAAAAGUGCAAAAAUGCAGAUCUGGGAGGGGAUCAAAAUCCCUAGCCGCAUCUCCAUUGCAAUCAGGCCUGGCAUCUCAUCUCUCUCCCUCUCCCCUUCUUCUCCACCACCGGCCGCCGCCACGGCCAGGCCGGCGUGGUGGUGCGCCUCCGCAGCCCAUCCAUCCACCAGCACCACCAUCACACGACCACUCCACCACCAGCGCCAUCCAUCACCAGCACAGCCAGCACCCAGUACCACCAUCACCUCCAUCCACCAGCGCCACACCACCCAUCCACCUCUCCCUGCUGCUACCCCUUGCUACUCACGUCCUAGACCAGCCAUUGGGGUCGCCGACGUCUGAUCUCCCGCGUGCCUCCAACUGCUGCUGCUUUCCCCCUCGUCCCUACUGCUGCUACUCCACUUCCUCUGCUCCCCUUCUUCUUCUUUGAAUCUCGAUGCUGCUGCUCUUCUUCUCUCUUCACCUGCUGCUGCUCAUCCCUCACGCCCCUUCUCUAGCUGGUCGUUGCUGCUCUUCACCUUCCCUUGCCCCAACCUGCUGCUACUUCUUCUCUCAACCUCCUGCUGCUGCUUCUCCUCACGUCCCUGCUGCUGCUCCAUUCCCAAUCUUGCUGCUCUCUCUCUCUCUUUCUCUCUCUCUCUCUCUCUCUCAAAUUUCGGUGACCUUCAGUAGUGUAAUAAUCAGUACUAUGUAAUGUUCAGAUUUGAUAAGUGUAAUAUCCUACUGUUUGGUUCAGUUUCGAAGUUUAAUAUAAAUGCUUGAUUAGUAUGUCCUUUGUCUUGACUAGUUGAUACCUUGUCACUUUGAGAAAUAUUUGACAUGUCAUACUUUGUUUAGUGAAACAGUAUUCUUCAUAUGUGUGGUGUCCUGUGAUAUAUAUACAUAUGUGUGUGUUUGUAAUGUGAGUUAUAUCAAUUC